UAGACUUUGCUUGUCCUCCUGUGAAGGAGUAAUCGAAUCAGAGAAGAGCCAUGUGAGAUACUGGUGGUGGUCUCAGCUUGAAAUCCCCCUCGCAAUGGUGAAUGUCUCAUUCAGAAAUAUCCAGGCCAUGAACGUGAUGUUCUCCUCCUGGGCCUUAGUGUUCAUGGCAAUAGGAGUCCUCACAGAAGAAUGGGUUGAACUGACACUGGAAACAAAGAAAAAUACAAUAAGCCACAGCCCCUGGAUAUGUUGUACCACUCUUUGGCCAGAAGAUGGCCUGGAAGUGGUCAGGAUCAUGAUGAUUUUGGUUCUCAACCUUUCUCUAUUCCAUAACUUGUUCCUGGGUUUGGAAGUCACUUAUCUGAUUCCUUCAACUAAAUGUAUCCUCUUCAUCACUGCCUUCCUCAGUUUCCUCACAGGUAUCCUCCUGCUCUGUGCACUCCUCCUGUAUCAUCAAAAGCUAAGGCAAGGUCGAUCCGUGUACUACUCUAGUUACAAAAUCAGCUGGAUCAUCGUCACUGGCUACUUAAGCUUUUGCCUUUUUAUGGCCUCUGGAACCAUGUCUUUGCUAGAGUGCAAGCAGUCCACCAAGGUUUGUGCCUGCGUGACCCUCCUCCCUACCUCUCAGAGAGAAAGUCAGGACGUAGAGGAGUCGAAGGGUUCUGUUGUUUCUUCACCAAAGGCAGCCAUGCCUCGUAGUAUUGUUCACACAAGGAAAGAUUCUCCAGACAGGUCACAAUUCCAAGUGCGCCGUGUAACCUGGGCUCUAUGAUUUGA